CAUACCACUCGGGAGCUCCUAAUAUAGACCCGACUGCUUUGUAGGAAAGGGUAACAACAAACCAAACAGUCCCGGCCGUCCCAGAUCUGCCCCUUUUUUUUAUAUCCAUGGACAUUCAGGAUAAUGGAGCCUCUAUCGCAGGUCCCCUGUUCGCCAGAUAAAAGGAAAAUAAAGAGACCAGAGGCUGAUGCCACGGUCUACCUGAAUUUCAUGAAAAGUCACAGCUGCUACGAAGCCAUUCCGAUCAGCUGCAAACUGGUCAUAUUCGACACCACCUUACAGGUGAAAAAGGCCUUUUCGGCCCUGGUGGCCAAUGGCCUGAGGGCUGCACCGCUGUGGGACAGCAAGCUGCAAAGGUUUGUGGGCAUGCUGACGAUCACCGACUUCAUCAACAUCCUCCACUGUUAUUACAAGUCUCCAAUGGUCCAAAUGUACGGGCUGGAGAGCCAUAAGAUUGAAACAUGGAGAGGUGAUUCCCUUCCAAAUGUGUACUUGAAGUCUCCAACUCAGUUCCUCAUCAGUAUUCCUCCACAGGCCAGCCUCUUCGAUGCCGUCUAUUCCUUGCUCAGAUACAAAAUCCACAGGCUGCCUGUCAUCGACCCGGAGUCUGGAAAUGUUCUGCACAUCCUGACCCACAAGCGAAUCCUCAAGUUCCUGCACAUAUUUGGGAAAAUUUUGGCCAAACCUGCAUUUCUUAAGAGGCCCGUCCAGGAGCUGGGCAUAGGAACGUUCAGGAACAUUGCCACGGUCCAUCAGUCAGCGUCGCUCUACGAAGCCCUGUCCAUAUUUGUGGAGAGGCGGGUGUCGGCGCUCCCUGUGGUGGACGAGCAAGGCAAAGUGGUGGCCCUCUACUCCAGGUUCGACGUCAUCAAUCUGGCAGCCCAGAAGACCUAUAACAACCUGGACAUAACCAUGCAGGAAGUCAUUAGUCAACGCACGUGCCGUGUUGAGGGGGUGAUCAAGUGCUAUCCGGAUGAACCGCUAGACCUGGUCAUAGAUCGUAUAGUUAAAGCUGAGGUCCACCGGCUGGUCCUGGUGGACAGGCUUGACGUGGUGAAGGGCAUUAUCUCUCUGUCUGACCUGCUGCAGGCCUUGGUCCUCGCCCCUGCAGGUAUCGACGCUCUUCUGUCCUAGGAGGGGAAACAGCAGCGGUUUGUCUCUGCUGCUCCACUGGCUGUGCGGGCUCUGAGGACCGACGACGCGCAAGGGGCAGAAAAUGACUAAAAGGAAAGAUGAGGUAUGGCGGUGUAUCUGCUCAGCGUAUCUUUUAUUUUUAUUUAUUUUUUCAAAACUUGGAAAGAUGACCUCUCAUGACCUCCUUGGACUCAUCAGAGGCUCUCCAGUCCACAUUGACUCUGUUUGCACAUCUCCAUCACUAUGUUUACUCAGUAAAAUCCUCCGUGUUUGCAAUAAAUACAUGUGAACAGAC